AUGGCGGCCCGAGUUCGCAGGGACAAUAGUGUCCCUGAAACUACUCCUCGACGACUAUAUUCCCCAAGAGAAUGGGAAGAAAAGAAGCAUAUUAUUGCAAAGUUAAAGGAUGAGGGAAACGAGCAGGAGCAAAUUUUAAGGGAACUUGAAAAACAGUUUCCAGAGUUUCGGCCAACACUUCCCAUGCUUAAAAAGCGAAUGCGUGACUGGAAACUCACUUCAUAUCACAAAGAGCCCGAUAUUGCAGAAGCGGUUCGAAUCACGGCCGACCGUGAAAAGCUGAAUAAGAAAACAAUUUUCACCAUCGGCGAUAAGAGGGUUACCCAAGAAGAGAUACAGCGUUACCUGCGGCGGAAGGGUAUUAGAAACCCGCGGGCCUGGGCAUCAACUGUUGUUAAGCAGCCUGUUUCUGUUAUUCAAAUACACACACCUGGACCGUCGCGGCCAUCCUCACCUAGUCCUGGGGCUUCGAGUGGGCGAUCUGAAAGCUCAGAUGACGUCGAAGAAAUAGAUCGGGCUUCUGAGCUUUCAGCCAAUGCAACAGAGCGACGGUUAUUCCAAGAAGCCUGUGAUAUCUUCGUAUCCACGGCCUCGAGGGAGCAUAUUCGGCAAGUAGUUCGGGGACCCCACGAAUCCCAGAUGUUGGAGGCAGCAAUAUGGAACACCGACUACUACUGCGAUAUGUUGUUUGUUCUUGAAGACCUUAAUCCUGGUCUGGCGGAUUUGACCUCAGAUGCCCUCAACGAUUUCACAAACGGGAUGUGGAAAGGCUGGGACUAUCUCUUCGAUGAUAAUAUGAUCGCCUUUACAUAUUUCAAGGAGGGCUUCGCUAGUCUGGAUAGGCUAGUUCAUAGUCAUAACCGACGCUUUUUACCUGAGCUCCUAGAGAUGCUCUUGAAUCUACGCCUGGAGCCCCGAGUAGAUGUUUUGCAGAUACUGCUACAACACCUUGCCACGCUCUACAAGCAUAGCGACCCAAAACUUUACGAUGUCUUUCUCUCCCUCCUUUCCCUGGAUAACUGGAGUCGUCUUGAAGUAGUCGAAAGACUCAUGAACAAAGUAUCAGAAAGGUUUAGUCGGAAGUUGGGCCCUGAGCACGCGGAGACCAAAUCAAUCCAAAAGGCACUUACACGUUCGGUGUUCCGAAAGCUACCCGUUUCCAAAGCCAUCACCGAGCUCCAGGGUAGGGUGGCUGAAGAAGAAGAGGAGAACACCCAAGAACUUCUUUACAAAAAAUGCAACGUUUGUAUUGAAUUAGCACUAUGCUACCGUUCGAGAGGCGACCUGGUGCAAGUCGAGAGCUGGGUUUUACAAGCGAUGUUACUAUCCGAGCAGCUGAUGUCAAGCUUCCACCAAGCGGAUAUUAGUGUUCGAUGCCAUAGAGUUAUGUCAUAUGUUGAGAGGAACAAGGGGAACUGGCAAGCAGCUUACGGUCACUGGCAGUGUGCGGUGCUUAAAUCUUCACUUGGGUUGGGCAGUACUGAUUCUUUGACGGUUUUAGUGGAGUCUGAGCUGAGGGAUUUUGUGAAACGAGCACAAAGAAAUGGAGUCGUUUUGCUAGACAAAUUUGCGGGGUUUGAGGAUGAAGUUGAUGAUUUUCAUAAUCCAGAUGUUGCACUUGAACCGGUUUCAGAGCCUUUGGAGUACUACUUCCAUGAUAUUGUGGCGCCGGCGGUUUUAGGUUAA